AUGCAUUCUCCACUGUCCAUCUCGCAGAUCUCGCUGUCUCAGUCGUAUGGAUCCGAGUACACGAGUCACGGUCACGGGGGCCGCAACAAUGGCAGCUUGAUGUUUGACGUCGAAACGCCGUCGGCUUCUUCCGCGACCAAAGACUUUUUGUACCAACGACAAGUUGCACCGAAUGCUGUGCCCGUUCUAGUGAGACUGCAGCGGAACCGGAUCCUCUGGACGGCACUUCUAGGCGUCGCGUUGAUUGUAGUCGUGAUGGUGUUUCUCCAACAAGGCAUUGUGCUCAAGUCGUACGCCGUUUCAACCGAAGCUUCAACCAGUGGAAGCUCCAGUAAUAUUGACACCUUCAACUUCAUCGCGGGUCUUUUCACAGCAGCACUGGUAAAACCACUGCUCGCAUUGGUAUCUGCAGUCGUGCCAGCCGUGCUCUUGUGCUUCUUCACACGGUUGACGAUGCAGGAGAAAAAGUCGCGAUGGACGCAGAUUUCGCUCACCUUGGUGGGGACUGUCGUGCUUUGGUUCCUCCUGAAUGGGUUCAUGGCAGUACAUGUCAGUGAGGAGCUUGUCCGUGAAGACGUAGUCAUUGGCGACGAUGACCUCUACGAGAACAACUCCGUCUCGGUCUUAACGACUGGAAAUACGUCGUCGAGUGCUGACACGUUCCUGCGGAGUGCGAUAAAGCUACCGGAUGCAACCGCAGAACAUGCUGCUGGACAGUGUCGUCGAAGUUCCCCUCGACGACUGCCAGCGCAACUCGAUUACGGGUUUCAAUCUCGUCUGUGGUUUGGCACAUUGCUGCCAUAUGCACCGGAGACGACAAGCACGAAUACGAUUUCAGUGUCAAUGAUGGCCGAUGAUAACCUUGAGUCGAAAGAUGAGGUGAAGGUUCCGAUGAAACUAUCUACUGCUCGUGACCUGGUGAGCUACGCAAUGCGUGCUACGGACGACUUUCUUCGGGAACAGGACGUUGAAGCAGAUGCCAGUGUGUUUAAUUUUUUCGGCUUACCCGAUACGUUUGAUGUAGCAUCAUCAGAAGACGUGGGCAUGACUCAACUGCUGAUCGAAUCCUUCAACAACACAAUGAAUCGAGCCGUCAAUACGCGAGAGCAUUUGAGGAAUCUCAGUAUUGCUGAGAGCAGCGUGGAAUUCGUGCAGUUUCCCUGGUCAACAGACAGUGGCAACUUGGUGUUUGAAGGGGUGACGCUGGACAUCCCCAUGACCAAGAAUUUCUUACGCCGGGACGUGAAUUUCCGUAACGACACGACGCACUCGGUAGAGUAUGGAUCACGGGUACCGAGUGGGUUAUUCGAGAUCAACGCCAAGGAGGAGUGUGGUCGUUUUGGUUGUAUCGUGAGUCCCGUGGGAGCUGCAUUGACCACUGCUCCAGCUGAUGAAGGAAGUCAAGUGCGGGCGUUGCCAAUUUGUCUCGAUGAACAUGGUAAUGAAGACUACAAAGCUACGAUGGAUGUCAACAGUAAGGAGUGCGAGCAUCGCUCGACUACUUCGAUGCUUGUGCUUAGUUUCGCCAAGCGAAUUGUUGGCGACUCCAUUCGUUCAUCGCUUGUAGGCGAUUCAAAAGACGAAGCACUUGUCGUGACGCUAAGGAACGCACGGAAAAUCUACCAGGUAACUGCAGGUCGGUUAUCUUGGAAAACCAUGGAUCUCGCUUCCAAGUACGGUGCUUCUUGCGAGGCCAGCGAUUGCAGCGGCCUUGUGUUUCCGCUUUCAGGUAGCAAUCAACAGGUUGUUGUCGGCAAAAACUACAUCCCGGUGAACAACUUGACAUCUUAUACGCCUUCAUUGCUGUCAUGGACCCCGCUCGUGUCUGCUAAUGCACAAGAGGUGGACAUGAGUGACAUCCUCAAGAGUGAUUUCGUGUUCCCUGAAAAUUUCCAGGAUACCAGUGGCUGGACCCCAGUCGACGGGUUUCGUUGUGAACGCGAACGUGGCGUUUUUCUAGAUCGUGUGCAGAAUUUGCACCUGUACUCGGAACAAUCUCUGCAACCAGCAUACACGUCAGCGCUCUUUUGGUUAUUCCAGUAUGGUGCCGUGAAGCAACAGCUCAGUCCGUCGGAGCUUUCGUUCAGCGAGAGUGUCAAAUACGUGGAUGUGACGUUAUCUGUACCGCCGCUCUCCGCCACAUUCACCUUUGUUGGCUGUGUCAUGCUGGUACUCAUGGCAGCACUGGUAUUUCUCGGAGGCAAGAGUCGCGAAGCUGAAAUCGAGCGGUAUUUCAAACCGCAUAAUCUGGCUCGGAUACUUCUUGACGACGAAGCAUUUUCGCACAAACUACUCAAGUGUGACUUGCUGAACGUCGGGGAUAAGUAUCUGAACAGCUCCGAACUUCUUGAUCAGUUUGAAAUCAGCGGACUGGCACUUCGCCAUUGCAAGCGCCCGAAUGACGUAUUAAUCGUGCCAAAGGUCCGACAAUCUCCCACGACUUCCGCUGCAUUAGUUCAGGCAGCACAUGUCGUGUAA